AUGCCAAUAGUUUUGAUUGAUCAAGAUUCAGAUUCUGAUGCAACAAUUGUAGAACUAAGUUUUGGAGAUCGCCUUGGAGCUCUUAUGGACACGAUUAAGGCCCUUAAAGAUUUGGGCUUGGAUGUUGCAAAGGGAACUGUUACAACUGAGGGACCAAUUAAGCAAACGAAAUUCUUCAUCACACGAUCAGGCACUGGCCGCAAAGUUGAGGAUCCUGAUAUGCUAGAGAGAAUCAGGCUUACCGUCAUUAACAACCUUUUGAAGUAUCAUCCGGAAUCUAGUGAACGGCUUGCAAUGGGUGCAACUUUUGGAAUUAAAGCACCAGAGAAGAAGGUUAUUGUUGAUAUUGCGACCCAUAUACAUGUUAAGGAUGAUGAACCUAAGAGAAGUUUGCUUUAUAUAGAGGCAGCAGAUCGACCAAGCCUGUUACUAGAAAUCAUCAAGAUUAUGUCUGAUGUCAAUAUCAACGUGGAAUCCGCAGAGAUUGACACAGAAGGAUUGGUUGCCAAAGACAAAUUUUAUGUCAGCUACAGAGGGGCAGCUUUGAACAGUUCCUUAUCUCAGGUCCUGACAAACUGUCUACGUUACUACCUUUGA